AAGUAAAAGAAUUGAGUUUUUCGUUGAUGUGUAUGUAUCAAUAAAAUGGAUUUUGAUUUCUGUUUCCUCUACAGUAGUGAAUGGUUUUGGAAUGAAAUAAUCAAAAGACACCACACUAAAAUAAAUAAAGUAAACUGCCACAAUGCAAGCAUUUCUGAAAUUUGGAUCAGGGGGCGUAACUGCGACUAAACAAAAGCCUGCCGGUUCAUCAUCUGGGACAGGAGAUGGCAAGAAGGAGAGAAAACACAUUCCCUGGGUUGAGAAAUAUCGUCCCCGCACAGUUGACGAUGUAGCCCAUCAGGAGGAAGUGAUCGCUGUGUUGAAAAAGUCACUUGCUGGUUCAGAUCUGCCUAACCUGCUGUUUUAUGGCCCGCCAGGAACUGGGAAAACAUCCACCAUUUUGGCUGCUGCCAGGGAACUGUUUGGACCAGAAUUGUACAGAAGCAGAACCCUGGAGCUGAAUGCAUCUGAUGAAAGAGGCAUUGACGUUGUACGUGACAAGGUGAAAAAGUUUUCCCAGCUGUCUGCCAGUGGGAAACGACCAGAUGGUAAACCAUGUCCUCCGUUCAAGAUUGUGAUCUUAGAUGAAGCGGAUUCCAUGACAGAAGCUGCUCAGUCAGCAUUAAGAAGAACCAUGGAGAAGGAAACAAAAACCACACGAUUCUGUUUGAUAUGUAAUUACGUGAGUCGUAUCAUCGAGCCAAUCACAUCCAGGUGUGCCAAGUUCCGUUUCAAACCUCUUGGCAGUGAUAUCAUGAUGGACAAGCUCAAGGAAAUCUGUGACAAAGAAAACAUUCAGUUUCAGGAUGGGGUGUUGGACGCCCUCAUGAAGACAUCAAAUGGGGACAUGAGAAAGGCCAUCACCACACUACAGAGCGCAUUCAGGCUCAAGGGAGAUAACUCUAUCAGCGAAGAAGAUGUGUAUGAAAUUGCAGGGGUUUUGCCGGAGGAGUUGGUCGACAGAGUGCUCAAGGCAUGUCGCUCAGAUUCCUACGACAGACUGGAUGACUCAGUAAAGGAGAUAAUGAGGGAAGGCUACUCUGCUAUGCUCCUGAUUGUACAGUUACAUGACAAGGUGGUGGAAGCCGAAGAGCUCACGGACAAGCAGAAAUCCAUCAUCGCAGAAAAGUUAGCUGUGGUGGACAAGUGUUUAACAGACGGAGGAGACGAAUAUCUACAGCUGAUGGACCUGUGUUUGUCUGAUCAUGCAGCAGUUGUGUCACUGAUCACUGACUAUGGGGGAAUAUGUACAGCUAAAAAUGAGACAUUUACAGCUAGUAUUGAGACAUUUACAGCUCUGAUUGGACCUGUGUUGUGAGAUCAUGCAGCAGUUGUAUCACUGAUCACUGACUAUGGGGGAAUAUGUACAGCUAAAAAUGAGACAUUUACAGCUAGUAUUGAGACAUUUACAGCUCUGAUUGGACAUGUGUUGUGAGAUCAUGCAGCUGUUGUGUCCCUGAUCACUUUGCAAUGGGGGUUGUGUACAGCUAAAAUUGAGACAUUUUCAGCUAUUACUGAGAGAUAAUUACAGCUCUAACUGAACCUGUAUUGUCCGAUUAGGCGUCAGUUGUGUCUUCGAUCAGUGUGGAUGUGUGACAUUAACACCAUCCUAAUGGACCUAUAUGUGUAGCUGUUAGUUCCCCUUGUGAAGCCCCUGAAGAUGGUGAACAGUCGGAGAGAUGCAAACUUUGUAGAUUUCUCUCAUGAAGUAUAAAUGGCUUUUUCAGUGUGUCAUUUGAAGAUAGCCAACUGUCACAUGUUGGCAAGUUGGAUUAUUUGUUCAAAUUGAAAAUGAUGUGCAUAUUUGAGGUAUGAUUCAGUGCAAAAAUGUUAAACUUUCUUUGUUGACUCCAUAAUUUCAGUUGUACUGGAUACAGUGAUGUGUAUAUAUCAGGAGAUCUCAUAGAGAGACAAGACAUUGGUAUUAAAGCGACGUAUAGCUGCAUAAGAGCAGGAAGAAACUGAAAACUUUCUGAACUAUGAUUUAACGCAAGGUUGAGGUCUUUAAAAUGUAAGAUUGGGACUGCUAUUGAUUCAGCACCUUCGCAGAGGUGAUAAAAAAUCUGCUGCUAAUUACCACAUGGUCAUCAUCUUUUUUUUUUUUUUUUUUUUUACAGGCAAGACAAAAUUAAUUAAUUGUUUACACAAGCAGAAUUUGAAAACAGUUUUAUGUAAUGUACUGUCAUUUUCUUAAGGUAUCGCUUCAUAUCAUCAUGAAAAACAGACUGGAAUAAAGUGGGACAGGAUACCUGUAC